AUGAACAUCAUUUAUAUAGCAUUGUGUGUAUUAGUAUCUAAUUGCUGGGCAGGUGUCCCCUGGAAGGGUGAGCCCCAAAAGACGGACUGGUAUGCCUCCAGACACGAGGGCUUAUUGAAUCAAACGGCCGAACAUAAGGGCGAUUUAAAAGUCAUAUUCUUUGGCGACUCGAUCACAGAGGGUUGGAAUGGCGGGUGGGCUAAGGGUAAGGAGCUGUGGGAUAAGUAUUAUGUGCCCAGACAUGUAUACAACUACGGUGUCGGAGCCGAUAGGACUGAGAACCUGAUUUGGCGGAUGGAAAACGGAGAGUUUGAUGGACUCAACGCUACUGUGGUUGUCCUCAAAAUCGGUACUAACAAUUUAUUCGAUAAUACUGAGGAGGACAUAGCCCAUGGAGUGAGGGAGGUCCUUUAUCAACUGUUGCGUCGACAGCCAAACGCCAAGAUCAUCUUAUUGGGGAUUAUCCCACGCGAUGGCAAACUUGAUGAGAAGGUCCACACCAUUAACGCCAUUAUCGGUGACUAUAAAGACGACAAAACAAUAUUCUAUUUGGAUAUGAAUUCCCACUUCGAGACCGCGUCAGGAGUUGAGAUACCGGAUCUUUAUCUGGAAGAUAAAGUGCAUCUGACUCUUAAGGGUUAUCAAGUCUGGCACGACGUUAUGGAACCACUGUUCAGUGUUCCCUGGAAGGGUGAGCCACGAACAGAAGACUGGUGGAAACAGAGACACCAGAGCUUAUUGAAACAAACGGCCGAUCAUAAGGCAGAUCUGAAAGUCAUAUUCUUCGGCGACUCAAUCACUGAGGGCUGGGGUGGAGCCGGUAAAGCGCUGUGGGAUAAGUACUACGUGCCCCGACACGCCUACAACUAUGCCAUCGGUGGUGAUCGGACUGAGCACUUGAUCUGGCGGAUGGAAAACGGAGAGUUUGAAGGACUCAACUCCACGCUAGUUGUCCUCAAAAUCGGUACUAACAAUUUAGGUGCUAAUACUGAGAAAGAUAUCGCCCAUGGAAUCAAAGAGAUCCUGGAUCAGUUGGAGACUAGACAACCAAACGCUAAGAUACUUUUGUUGGGAAUUAUCCCACGUGAUGGCAAAACUGAUGAUUUGGUCAAAAACAUUAACGACAUUAUCGCGACCUAUAAGGACGACAAGAAGAUCUUCUUUUUGAAUAUGAAUUCACAUUAUGAGACCGCACCAGGAGUUGAGGUACCGGACCUCUAUGUGGCUGAUAAGGUGCAUCUGACUGCUAAGGGUUAUCAGACUAAUAAUAUAAUGAGACUCUUAUUAAUGGACGACUCGUACGGUGUGUGCCGUUUGUCACCGGCGGCACCGAUACCCGAUUGGGUGCCACGGAGCCAAAGCCAGAGGCAAACACUUGUAUCAAUUACUUAUACUACGGACGAGUUGUCUAUUGUAUGUCCCCUUCAGUCGAUUCCCAAUGGAGUGCAAUGCGAGAGGAACUGGAGAUGCAUUAAAAUUAUCGGUCCGUUAGAUUUCGGACAAAUAGGUAUUAUCUCGUCAUUAACCGCACCGUUGGCUCGCAAUUCAAUUCCAGUGUUUAUUAUAUCGACAUUUGAUACGGACUACAUACUCGUCAAAGAGACCCAUUCGGUCCGUUAG